AUGAAUCCUGAAAGAAGAAGCACAUUUCAAUUCAAGUACAAGAAAGUGGACCUUGAUAGUUUGAAGAAGUUGAGUGUCAAAGUGAUCAAGCUCUUUGAAUUCGUGGACGAUUAUGGGAGUAUUCUGAGUAUUUUGAAUGAAAAGAUGGAACCAAUGACAACUGUGACUAUAACUCAAUUCUACGACCCACCUCUGCGUUGUUUCACCUUUUCUGACUUCCAAUUAGCUCCUACUUUGGAAGAGUUAGAGAGAAUUGUGGGUCGGAACUUGAGGGACCAUGAUCCAUUUCCCAAGUUUGAUGAAGGUAUCACUGCCAAGAGAAUAACUUCAGUUUUGGGUCUGGAGGUCCAAUUGGUCAUAAGUAAUUGGGAUAAGAAGGGAGCCUUCAAUGGUUUUUCCAGAUGGUUUUUAGAAGAACAAGCUGUGAAGUUGGAGAAAGAGGGAAAACGGAAAGCAUUCCAUUUCGUUCUAGCCCUAUUUGUUUAUGGGAUAGUAUUGUUUCCAAAUCUCGACAGUUUCGUAGAUCAUGUGGCCGUAAGAAUAUUCCUCUCUGGUAAUCCGGUACCUUUUUUCCUAGCUGCUAUCUACUAUGCCCUCCAUGAACGUCAUGAGAAGAAAGGGGGAACCUUUUUGUGUUGCGAACAGUUGUUGCAUACUUGGUUCAUAUCUCACAUGCCCGAAAAAGGACCCUACACCUCCAAAACACUUAAACCCUCUCAGAAGUUAACUUCCAUUACUACCAACCAUGUCAAAUGGUAUAUCAGAGAUUGGAAGACCCUGGAUAUUAUUGUUAGCAUUGGAGACUUUCCUAAUGUACUUUUGAUAGGGACUAGAGGUUGCAUCAACUACAACCCUAUGUUAUCCCUGAUGCAACAUGGUUACUCCAUGAAUGGACCUCCAAAAGCUGAAGCUUUAGAGCCUUUCAUUUUGCAUGACAUUGAUGCAGACAACCCAAUUGUGAAGAAGAUUAAGAAAUCCUGGAAACCAAUUGUUAGAAGGGGUAAGGAGUUUGGAAGGAGGAAUGUCCUUGUGAAAGAGCCUUACACUCGCUGGGUAAGAGAGAGAGUUCAAGUGGUUAAGCUCCCAUUUCCAUUUGAUCCCUCUAUUUUUCCUCCAGUUCCUGAGCCAGAACCUAUAUUACCUGAAGACGUUGAGAAACUCAAUGCCAAAAUUAAGGAGCUGGAAUUAGAAAACUCUGAGUUACAGCUUAAGCUUAAUCGAACCACUUUGGAAAAUGAAAAUCUGAAGGAUGAACGUAAAGAGAAGGACCUAGACCUUGAAGCUAGCAACAAGAGAGAAAGAACAUUUGAAGACAAGAAGGAUGAGCUUGAUGAUAUUCUCAUAGGUACAAAAUCUGUGUUCAAAACCAAGAAUGAGGAGCUCAAAAAAGCCCACCUCAAAAUUCAAGAGUUGGACAAAAUGUUGGAGAGAUCUCUUGUGGAGAAGAGAGAAGCUAGACUCGAUUAUGAAGCUCAAAUCUGUGAACCCAGGGACACUCUCAAGAAUUGCAAAGAUAAGUUGUCUCGUGAGGUCCUUUGGAAAGAGGAAGCUGAGAGGAACUGUCUCCGCCUUGAGUACUAG